UCGUCCUCUCUGCUACAGUGCUUCUUUUUCAUUCCUUGGACUGCGGAAGACUGGCUGGGAAAGAACACUUCCUUAUGAUCAGAGGUCAGAUCCAAAAACGAGAGAGAAGUAUUGCGCCAGACACUGCGAGCUCGAGCUGCAGAAUCAUGCACUGAAGGUUUAUCAAAUGUUUAGAUCUGACCUCAAAACGUCAAAGUCAUGUGUGAGGUCUAAAUACUUUUCACUGGGCAGCAGAGUGACCGUCAUUCAUGAUCCGGGAGCUCAUUGUGGAUUCCUGGCAUGUCCUUAUCGAUCAUCAACAUGCGCUUGUAGAUUCACUCUUCACCUCCCGGCUAUCUUCAUGACGAGAAUCACAGCAAGACCAAUCAAGGGAGGACGUACAGGCCAAUAUUACAUUUCGCCAGAGGUUGAAAAAAAAGAGAUUUUGAGGCGUAAAAUACCAAAUCACGCUUUUUCAUGCUCAUCCCGCGGAAAUUGUAACAUUGAGAACAUCGCAGAAUAUGUGCUUCCAUCAAGCGAGUCGACCACAUGGAUGGAGGAGACUCACAAGGUCACAAACAAGAAUUUCGAGUGCAGUGCGACGCUGCUCACCUUCAGUGGUUGCUUAUGCUCUGAUAUACCUGGAAGCUGCCAAAAACACAAUGACAUGACUCUGGCAAAAAUAGAUUGUCGGUCUCAGCUGCAAGUGUCCACUCACGGACAAGUUGGUGGUUCGUCGCGUCAGCAGUCGCAUGAGAUCUAUGGAACUUCGGUGCAUGAUCUUUGUCAGCAGUUCAACAACACGGCAGAUCCAUUCCACCUUGACAGUGACGACACCGUGGUGUAUUAUUCAGCCUUUGCAGCUGAGAUAUUGGGAGAUUCAUUUAGUGCAGAGUGUCUUCAAAAUAUGCCUGCUCCUGGACAAGGCUCAUCCUCGGGACACCGAGAAGGAAUCUGUCCAAUCAACUUUGAGCAAUGCGUGCCUCUUCCAAAUGCUGAUGUCGAGCAAUAUUCUAUGGCACGGCUUCCUGUCGAGGACAAUCCGUUGAAUUGGCCUGCGUACCAAAACGAUCCGCAAAUUCAGGAAUUCUACUACGGCCACGAUGCCCAAGAUGAUCAAUAUGAGCCACACCGAUGGCAGGAUCCAGCCGCAGGGACAAGUCAGUGGCAAGGCAUAGGAUCGGACCAAGAGCAAGAUCCAGCGGCAGGGACAAGUCAGCCGCAGAAUCCAGGACCAGGCGAAGGGCAAAACCAAGGCCAACACCAGCGGCAGAAUCAAUGGCAGUAUCCAGGGCAAGAUCAAGGCCAAGACCCAACAUUCGACAAGCCUUGGCCUUUUUAUUGACAAGGUUCAGGCGCUUACACAGAAGCGAGAUGCCGACUUAUUCAGAACUGACCUCAGUGUGUCAGGCUUUGUUACUCGAUGCUACACGACUUGAUUAGCUUCCCACCCAUAUAUCUUAGCUUUUAUAGCACUGCAAUUGUGAUGCUGACAAUCAGGCGA